AUGGCAACUUCUUCCGAAACCAAGGUGAGCCUAAGACUCCUCAUUGACACGAAGGGCAAAAGAGUCCUUUUCGCUGAAGCAGGGAAACACUUCGUUGAUUUCCUCUUCCACCUUCUCCAUUUGCCCGUUGGAACCAUGGUCAGGCUCCUUACAGAACAAACGAUGGUGGGCACUCUGGGCAACCUCUAUGAAAGCAUCGAAAACCUGAGCGAAACCUACUUCCAAUCAAACCAAACCAAAGACUCUGUCCUGAAACCAAAAGCCCCGUUCUCUGCCACUCAUGUUCCCCUCUUAUCGCUCGACGGCUGCACAUCCUUUGAUAAAAAGUUAUACACUUGCCCGAGCAACGGCACCCGAAAUCAUGAUACCAACCCCGGUUUUCUACAGCCUGGUCAGAUUCGAUACCACCCGUACGUUGCGGAUAAUACCCGUGCCGUGUGUCCACAAUGCAACAGCAACAUGUCAGCGGAAAUCCAUUUUGUCGCGGCGGCAAAUGAGGUGGGUGCGUCAGGGGAUCAGGGUGGUUUUGUCAAAGGAGUGGUGACGUAUAUGGUGACGGAUGACCUGGUAGUGACUCCUUUGUCUACUAUUUCGAGCAUCUCGGUGCUGAGAAAAUUUGAUGUUAAGGAAGUUGGGGCACUUGAGGAAAUGGUUGUUCAUUUGGGGAUGCCUGAGGGUUUGAAGCUCUUGAAGGCCAGUUUGCACUCGAAGACAGUUCUAACAAGCGUGUUCCUCAGAAACACAGGAGCCUAA